AUAUAAAUGAAGUUAUCCCCCUUUGCAAAACUGAAAGUAGGUUAUAGAUUUUUAUUUUUUUUUGGCGGAAGGCAGUAAAUUUUGUUGAAUAAUGAUUUUUCGUAUACUGGACGGUGGUGCUGGGUCGGAGCUACACGAUUUAGGAUACCACGUACAUGAGGAUCCAUUAUGGUCUGCUAGAUUGCUGGACACAAAUCCUGGAGCCAUAAAACAGUUACACAAGAGUUAUUUAGAGGCGGGAGCAGAUACCAUUAUAACAGUGACGUAUCAGGCGACAGUGGCAGGAUUUGAGAAGUUUCUCGGUGUUUCUACAGAGAGAGCCACAGAACUCAUCAAAUCUGGAGUAAGCCUGGCAAGAGAAGCAUGUCAUGAGGUGCCCCCAAAUCUUAAAAAAGGAACAGAGAGACGCGUGGCUGGGUCGGUUGGACCAUACGGCGUGUUCUUGCACGAUGGAUCCGAAUACAGCGGGUAUUACGUUGAAAGUAUGACACAAAAGGAACUGAUAGAUUGGCACAGACCUCAGGUCACUGCAUUGUUGGACGGCGGGGUGGAUAUGUUAGCCGUGGAGACUAUACCAGCCCUGAAGGAGGCGGAGGCGAUUUUGGAACUUCUUAAAGAGUUUCCGACGGCGAAAGCUUACUUCACUUUCUCAUGCAAGGAUGGAAAGUACCUCUGCCAUGGAGAGAAAUUCUCUGAAGCCAUUCAGAUUGUGAUGUCAUCAGAUCAGGUGAUAGCUGCCGGUAUCAAUUGUACUCAUCCUAGUUAUAUCUCGGAACUCCUCGACAGUCUCCGUCCCUUGCAGAUUUCAAAGCCAAUAAUUGUGAAACCCAAUAGCGGAGAAGGGUGGAAAUCCGGAGUAGGUUGGUGUGGACGAGGGGAGCAGUCACCUCUGGAGGCUCACCUAACCGCCUGGGUUGAUAAAGGAGCCACGUGGAUCGGUGGUUGUUGCAGAAUCAAACCACAUGACAUUAAAACAUUAAAAGAAUAUGUUGAGCACAUUGUAAAAUAGAGAGAGUCUUCUAUGGAUGUAUGUUAGAAGUUAAUGGUCACGCGUAAAUUUGGCCAGUUUGCAUUACACAUGUGUAUUGUUUGUAUUUGUUUCUACGUUUAUCAACUUCAGCAAUUUUAUUAAAUAUUCAGUUCUCGUUACAGUCCAGUUUGUCAAUGUUUGGUGGGUUUUUUUAAGUUUUCAAUCUGUUUGACAUACAUUGGACAAAAUGAGAUGCCAUUUAUAUCAUCUGUUUGUUCAUUCACGAUUGUGUAUUGAUAUUUGACGUCACCUUUUUUAAAAGAUAAGCAUGGUGGCAUGAUUUUUAUUGUUACCUAUAUUUCAACAAAAGGAGGGUUUAAAACGACCUUCUUGAUUAAUACCUUUAUAUUUUGGUCAUUUCCAAGGUUAUAUUUCCUAUAAAAUGAGAUUUACAAUUUGAAUAGAAGCUGGGCGAAUCGCGCAUUUAAUUUACAUAAUGUGGAUUCAUUAAGAACACAUAUUUCACUUGAACCCCUUCUCCGACAGGUCUUUUAUUGUACAACACAUUAACGUGGGUGAUGAGAUCACCUCCCAGUCUGCAAAUACGUUUUGCAUAACCUUUCGAUUUUUAUUUUAAAGUAUAAAAUUUUAUUAUCGUUAUCAUAUGGGUCAAACAAACAAACAAAAAGAGAACAGAUUAUAGGAUCAAUGAACAUAUACACACUCACACAUACACAUGCAUAUGCUUACAUAAAGCACAUUCUUUAUAAAAAUAGGUAACGUUUGGGUUCGUGAAACAUGGAGUUGGUGAAAUAAUGUUCUAUGUAUAAAAUAGAUGCAUACGUAAUCCUACAGAAACGUGGCCAUCACCAUUAAAAUACCAACAGAUAUGUCCAACUGUUAUGGGCCACUAUUAAGAUUUGGCAUAAGCAGUGUCCUCAUGGUCAGUGUAAACUUAGUAUUUACAUAAACCAAAACCACAGCUUGUCCAGGCCUGUACCAAGUGACCAUAAUUUGAUAUGAGAAAAUGGGAGUUCAUUUGUUGUAUAUGCAUAAAGGGUGUUGCAUUCCUGUUCCCAUGGGAGCAUAUGUUAUUGCAUCAUCUCGCACGAGCAUUAAGUUCCUCGGGAAAUCAAAGUGCAUUCAAUAUUGGUAAGGAAAUGUUAAAGGUGCAUGACAUUGCAUCAUCUCGUUUACAUGUAAUAUAUAAAGCACAUGGGUUCCUUUUUGGAAUUUAAUGUACAUCUGCUCAUUAAUGGGGAAGGAACUCUAGAUACAUGGUAUUGCAUCACCAUGUUUACAUUCACCAGAAUUCAGUGUGCAUUAGUAUCGAUGAAGGGUUUGGUGCAGCGGAUUUUGUUAUUAGUUGGAAUGUUAUGUGAGCACAUGUUCUCAUGAACGGUAGGUAGGGCUUUUUUUCCCUUGAAAUAGACCGGAAUUGUUAACACACGGCUUUGUCAACUUUUAAGGCGCAUCUUUUAAUACAUGUAUAUCAAUUAUGAAAUGAUAACUGCAUUUUCUGGUUGGUGUAUUUUUCACCAGCAUUCUGUAAACAGGAAUGUGUUUGUACAUUAAUAAUGCCUGAUUAUUCAUCUCCCACACCAAGGGCACCCAAGCAGGAUAUCUCCUUUCUUUAAAAUACCACUCCCCGGUAAAUAAACUACGAACUUGCAAUACCAUCACGAUAAUGUGAUACAGUAUAAACUGAUUUAAUUCCUUUUGAAAGUGCAAUAUAGCCCGCAUUAUCAGCAAUCCAAAGGCUUGAAGCCAGUCCAUUUCAUAAUGCUGUAUAUAUCCCCCUCCAAGAAAUCGGACAAAAUAUCUUCACUCUUGGCCACAUAAAAUUUUCCUGAGGGGUCGCUGACCAAACGAACUAUUCGCUCUUGCGACGUAGUUUUGAACCCCAUACGUAAAAUUUGCAAUUUCAUGAAAAGGAAGAGAAAAGCAGAAUAAAUUCAAGGACAAUUUAUUUCCUUUGACAUAAUCAGAAGAAACUGGCUGGUUUCAUCGGUUCUUCACCUUUCAAUGCUGAACAGGCGAGACUGGACUACCACCAGUCUAGAAACAUUCAAUGCAGACAAAUUCCCAAUCCAUGAAGACGCGUUUUUUAAAAAAGAAAUAUCGGUUAAUUAAUUCAAAAUAAUUUGAACUGUCAGAUCUAUGAAUUUAAUUCAAAUUUUGUUUGGUUAAUUUGACAAAAUAACAAGGACCUCCACUGCGUUCAGUAUUUGUCAAGUUUAUCUGGUUUACAUCUUGCAGAGUGCGUUCGAUGGCAUCAGGAGGGUGAGUUUGAUUGACAAUGCAAAGAUAGCAGAGUGUCCUUUUCACCUAGAGGGGUACACGUUGACAAUGCGCUUUUCUGCCUCACUUCACGACAUCUUGUUUUCUAAAUGUAAUUCAAAAUCAUGAGCGAUCCUGAAAGGUCAAUGUCACGAUUAAUGCAGCGGGUUAUAUAGCAUUGUGUUGUAUGUGUGUAAUCGGUGGCUUAUUAAACUCCACUUCAAGUGACCGCGAUAGCUGACAUAAAACUUUAACUAAAGUACAAAGUAUUUGAAAGCAAUUGUAGAAUUAAGAUAUUUUAUAAUAGAGUUUUGCUUUUUUAUUGGCAAUGCGAUCAUCUAUUCAUGAAGUUUUUUAAUAUCAAAUGCGCUAGAUGAGUCUUAAAAUCGCCACACUGACUUAAAAGUCCAGCAAAAUUGAAUUUGACCAUACUAAUGACAAUUCUUUCGAAUUAGGAAUUAAAAUUUUGACAAUUAAUUUUGAAACUUAUUAAGAUCAGUGCCAUUGGUGUGUUUAUUACGGAUCAAAGGGUAAUCGGAUUUCUAUAACUACCGGUAGAACGGGCGUGUUUGUUUAAGGGCACGGCCUUGACCCAGAAUCUGACCACUCUGAUCACGCUACGCUAAGCUUCUUUUUUUCCAAGGUGAUGUUCAAACUUUCACUGAUCCUGUUCUCCUGAGUCACGUGGGGAGAACACAUCCACUAUGUCGUCUGCUGCACCUUCAUGAUUUUUCCUUUUUUUCAGUGCAUAUAAAAAAAUAAAUGCUGUAAUUUUUCAUUUUUAUUGAAACAUAACAAUGUUAUAAACCCAGUUUAAUUUGCAUUACAUUUUCCAAUGAAGAGUUUAUGGGGAGAGUUUGCAUAGCAAACAGUGAAAACAUUUGUGAAAUAUAGAAUGAAAAUUGCCCUUUGACUUGGAUACAGAUUUCACGUUUACAAACGCACGACAAUUAUGCCGUUUGUCCGUCAAUGAACGGUAUUUACUAUUUAUCCAGAAUUUCUCCAUUACAUGAGGAAAUAUUGCACCUUUUGAUAAUGAGACAUGCAAGCCAUUUAUAGUAACGUCAGAGCAAAUGAUACAAAAUCUGAAUUUUGCGUCAAAGUCACGUGACAGUUAUAAAUUCACCAGUUGUGGACGGGUAAACUGAAAGACGUCAACCAAACGCACCCUGUGUUUGUCGGAUUUCUCAUUAUGUUCAUUGUUUGAAUAGCAAUUACUUUUGUAUCACUGUAAUUGCAACAUUGUUUCUACAGAAUGAGGGGUAGGUUGGCACGCCAGUUCUUGCCAGCUGAGCACAGUAUAGAGGUCGACAAUACGUUGGCAGGAAGUUGUCGUUGAAGUUCCGGUGAUCAGCUAUGUCUCUGAUGAGAGCGAGGCAGAUGUACAUCUGACGGAUUCGGACGUUCCUGUUGAUACCACGCCGUCUUCUGGAUUUCACAACUGCUACAAAAAAGAAAAGAAAUUUAAUUUUUUCUGCACUAUACAAAACCUGACCCGACAUUUAUUAUGAAGACUUUAAUCUUUGAGAGACGCGUCUUAAGAAAUUGACCAGUAACACGGAUUGCUAUUAAAGAUAUUUAUUGGCUUCAUUAAAUUGAAUAUUUGCGUUUCUGAGGAAAUAUUUUCAAACUUUUGUACCUUUUUUAAUUCCUUCAGGUGCAUGUCUCUUGGACAAAGCAUGCUCCGUCGGUGCUGAGUCAGACAGCACCACCAUCAAAGAAAUGCACAACAGGGUGCAAAGGAAAACUUGUGAUAGAUCCAUUUUAGUCUGAAAAAACAACAACAGAAUACGUCAAUUCUCUAAUGAGUAUUAAAAUACAUUGCUCUGGGUAAUGAAGAAAUUGCAGAGUCGGCUUUUGACCAGUGGGCCGGGCGUGAUAAUGAUAUAUAAUUAUAGCAGUUAGCCAAAAGUCAUGGAUUGGAAUAAAGGCAUUGAAACUUCACAAUACAUGUAUUUGCCUAAAGGUUAACCACGGCGGACAACGUGCCUGUGGUUAACCGAGAACAAUGAAUGAAACCAGCUGACAUGACGAAUUUUUGGUUUCUUAAAGUUAUGUAACAUUUGAAGGCUUAAAAAAUAAUUAUCUUUUCUUAUUAUCGCAACUAUUUAAAGGAAAUAAUACGUUACUGAAUAUGCAGUAUUAAAAACUGAGUUUCAAUAUUGCACAGACCAAACGUACCAACUUGAUACUCCAAUGCAAAAGUUAGAAAACGGUAACAAAACCUGUACGACUUGCCUUUAAGAAUACCAUGCAACAAAAGUAAAUUACUAAAUAGUAUAUAAUUUUUUGUCUAAAAGAAAGAAGGUAGACUUACAAUUUGAAACUGAACACGUUGCCUUGUGGCGUCCUUGCCUAAAACUUCUUGAUCCUGGAUCAGCUGGUGUCGGUGCGAUC